GCCGGGGCGCGGGCGGCGGCGAGCGGCGGCGCGGCCCCGCUGGACGGCGCGUCCCGCCGCGGCGCAGGAAAGCAGCUCUCGGCCGGCGCCUCGGGCGUGAAGUCUCCCCGGGGCCGGGGACCGAGGGGAGGGGGCGGCCGGAGCCGGGGCGCGCUCGGCUGCCAGGCACCGGCCCAGCCGGCAGGGGAAAGAUGAAGCAGUAACCACUCCGGACGGAGGACCUGCCACCACUGAGGCAAGACCCACCUGCGCAACGGCGGAGCCCCCGCAGCCCCCAGCCCUGCCCGCAGGCAGUACCGGCCCCGGCGCCUGCUCUACACCGGGCACGUCCCUGGGCAGGGGGCUCGGGAGAGCCAGCGUGGCUCAUCUCAGCGGGACAUGACCGAGAUGAGCAUGGUAAAGAGCCUAGAGCGGCUGGAGCAGCGGCUGGCUGUGAUGGUGGCUGCCCAGGAGACUUCUCAGGCCUGGUCUUCACUGGGAGAGGAGGGGCCGGCGACCAUGAAAAAGGACAAGAGCCAUGGCCGGGAUGAGGCGGACUGCAGGACGGAGCUGAUCCUCAUCAACGGGGACUGCACCGAUCCCGCUAAUGACGCACCCGCCCUUGUUCUGGAGGCGAAUAGGAAGCCCAGCGCUCCAGAUGCCGGGGGCCUGGGGCUGCCAUCUCUGAAGAACAAGAGGGUCAGCAAGGGAGACCUCUCCAAGGACAACCUGUCCUGGCCGCUCGCUCUCGCUGGGACGCAGGAGGUGCGGCCCCGGGGCAGCGCCGGUUGGGAGAGCAGCCUCAGGCAGAAGCCCCCCGUCCGCCUCAUCUUCCAGGCAGGGCAGACCCAGCAUGAGAUGAAGGUCAAGGAAACGAACAGCAUGGAGACUCUCAGGGACCUGCCAACUCCCUUGCGGAGCUCCAAGCGGCGCCUGGCCACAUCCGUCCCCAUGACCACCAUCGACCUGACGGAGGAGGACUCCCAGGACUCGUCCCGGAGCAGCAGCACGCUCUCUGGCAGCAGCUCCCAGGAGGGGCAGAAUGGCUCUGCCGAGCUGGGGACCGAGGAGCCAGAGAGCAGAGACACGCGGAUGGCGCUGGAGUACCAGGAUGGGAAGGAAUUUGGAAUUGGGGAGCUCGUCUGGGGAAAGAUCAAAGGUUUCUCCUGGUGGCCUGCGAUCGUCGUCUCCUACAGAGCCACGGCCAAGCGGCAGGCUGUCACAGGCAUGCGGUGGGUGCAGUGGUUCGGAGACGGGAAGUUCUCCGAGGUUUCUGCAGACAAGCUGGUGGGACUGAUGGCCUUUAGGCAGCAUUUCAAUUCUUCAACGUUUAAUAAGCUGGUCUCCUACCGACGAGCCAUAUACCAUGCCCUGGAGGUUGCCCGGAGCCGGUCGGGGAAGACGUUUGCGGCCGCCCCUGGAGAGUCUCUGGAGGAGCAGCUGAAGCCCAUGAUCGACUGGGCGCUCACCGGCUUCAAACCCUUGGGCUUCAAGGGACUGCGACCACCCAAAGCCUCAGAGAACGGGGCCCUGAGGAAUGGGACGGAGGAGGUGCUGUCCCUCGAGCAGUGUCCCCCUCCCAAGAGGCUGAAGACCAACCUCUGCAACAACAACAAGGAGCAGCGAGUGGAAGAGGACCAGACCCGAGAGCAAAUGGUUUCCGAAGUUACGAACAACAGUGGGAGUCUCGAAGACAGCUGUUUGUCCUGCGGAAGGAGAAACCCGGCCACCUUCCACCCGCUGUUCGAGGGGGGCCUCUGCCAGACGUGCAGGGAUAGAUUCCUGGAGCUCUUUUACAUGUACGACGAAGACGGCUACCAGUCCUACUGCACUGUCUGCUGCGAAGGGAAGGAGCUGCUGCUCUGCAGCAACGCCAGCUGCUGCAGGUGCUUCUGUGUGGAGUGUUUGGAGGUGCUGGUGGGGCGAGGGACGUCGGCCAAGGCAAAAGAGCAGGAGCCCUGGAACUGCUACAUGUGCCAGCCCCAGAGGAGCUACGGGGUGCUGCAGCGCCGGCAGGACUGGAACACCCGCCUGCAGGACUUCUUCACCAGCGACAAGGGACAGGAAUACGCUGCACCCAAAAUCUACCCAAUGGUCCCACCAGCGAAGAGGAGACCCAUUCGAGUGCUCUCUUUAUUUGAUGGCAUAGCAACAGGGUACCUGGUGCUGAAGGACUUGGGCAUCCAAGUGGAGAAGUACAUCGCCUCGGAGAUCUGCGAAGACCCCAUUGCUGUGGGCACCAUGCGGCAUGAGGGCAACAUCACCUAUGUGCAUGACGUCAGGAACAUAACCAAGAGAAACAUCGAGGAGUGGGGUCCCUUUGACCUGGUGAUCGGUGGAAGCCCCUGUAACGACCUCUCCCUUGUCAACCCGGCCAGGAAGGGGCUGUAUGAAGGAACCGGGAGGCUGUUCUUUGAAUUUUACCACCUGCUCAACUACGCCCGUCCCAAGGCAGGAGAGGAGCGCCCCUUCUUCUGGAUGUUUGAGAACGUGGUGGCCAUGAGAGUCAACGACAAGAGGGACAUUUCUCGGUUUCUGGAGUGUAACCCGGUUAUGAUUGACGCUAUCAAGAUAUCAGCUGCCCACCGAGCACGCUAUUUCUGGGGCAACCUUCCAGGGAUGAACAGGAUCUUCGGCUUCCCCCUCCACUACACAGACGUCUCCAACAUCGGCCGCGGGGCUCGCCAGAAGCUGCUGGGGAGAUCGUGGAGCGUCCCCGUCAUCCAGCACCUCUUUUCCCCGCUCAAGGAUUACUUUGCCUGUGAAUAGCAAGCCGAGCAUCCCUCGUCUCUCUGGUAAAGAUGCACAGCUCCGCUGCCAUGGCGGGAGAGGGACGGGCACGGCUGCCGGACUCUGCCACGGCACCAUCCCUCCCCGGCCACGUGCUGCGGGAAGGCAGCCUGGCCCCGCAGGGAGAGCUGAGGAAAUGUCUUUAACCAAAGAACCUGGCAGGGUAACUUUUCUUUAAAGGGACUAACGGCAGUGAUACGUAGAAAAUGAUGGACAAAAAGAGCUUUAAUUACCCAGCGCAGGAAGCUCUAUGCAUAACCGAUGAGAUGAGAAGUCUCCUACAGAGCAUUAAAUAUUCCGUUUUAGCCUAGAGCUGGAAAGUCACAACUUGCUGAGCAGUAAGUGUGGAGGCAGCUGCCGGGGGUGCUGCAGACAUACUUGAACUAUAGCAAAUCAUUGCUUUUCCUAAACAAACAAAACCUCUCUUGAAGCAACUGCCAAAAAUCCCCAAACUGUAGCAGCAGGUGUAAGGGACCCUGGUCAGGUUACAUACACUGAACAUGCAGGAUUACAGAAACCAAAUCUUUUUUUAUUUUUAAGACUUUUUUGAUAAACUUUUAAUUAUGUUGUUUAACGUCUAUUGCUGCUUUAAGGCAUUACAUAAGAAUGUGGAAAUUCCUAGACCUGAAUGUAGCUGAAACUGAACUGUGAGGUGAUAGAAUUACUUUUCUAGCUAGAACUAAAGAAAUAUUGUUUUAUAUGUUUGGCUGUAGUUUACAAAUAUUCACUACUUCCUUUUUAAAGCAUCUAAAAUUUUUCCUUACAUUUAAAAAUCCUGCUGAGUGGUUUGAAAGCUUACACAGUAAUCAGAGCACGGAGGAUUUGGGCUCCAGUGUCCAUAAAGGAAAAUGUUCUCUUGAGCAUUCAUUUCCCAAAUGAAUGCGGUGCCUCGGCAGGAAGGAUAGCGUAGUGGUCAAUGUCUUCAAAAUACAGCCCCCAAACGUCAUGUAUGAUGUCACAAACCCAAGCAGUAUUGGCAGCGUGUUAGCUGUGGUGCAGGGGGUUCCUUGCAGGGAAAAUCCCACCCGGGCUGUAGGAUCCAGGAGCACGGCACUGGCCUCGCCCCGUGGGGCUGCGGGAGCUGACCCCACUGCCGCUGGGGUGGGGGCACGUGCCGGGGCAGGUCCUGGGGGUCUGCAGGCAGGGGCUGUACCUCUCCUUCCCCGCGUGCUUGUCCCUGUGCACGGCUCUGUGGGAUGCUGCUGGUGCUCGUCACGUGCCCUGCCCCAGCCUGACAGCGCCCUGGGGGGGUCCCCGGGCAGUACCCCCAAACUGGGAGCUCCUGCAGCCACCGCUGUGCUCACUUUACAUUGCCCUCCUCCGCUCCCUAACUUUGCCGGAGUGAUUAUCUCGCUGUCCGUGAAGUCCAGGGCGUGCUGUUCCCAUGGCCAGCGUUGGGGGAGACGCGGGUGCGUGCGCAGCAGAGCCCUUCCAUCUCCCCAAGGUUUUCCAUAACCACGGAGCUGCUGUCCCGGCCGGCGUCUCCCAGGGACUCUUGGCUCCAAUGCACAUUUCAAUGCACUGAAACAACUCGUGACAUUCCCCUCUCGGUCCCUCUGUCCUCCCCUACCUCUGCUGUUCACUACGACCUGUCACCUGGGUUUGGCAGAGCCCUUGGGUGCCUUCUCAAAAUUAAUCAGGUGCAAACCACGGGCCAACCCUGCCAGGCUGUCUCACAAGGUGUUGUACGGCAUCAGUGGGAGAUAAAAGCUUCUCUCCUGGCUUCUUCUACCUCUAACACAUGGGGACCCCCUUGCACGCCCCUGACAGGCGGUGGAGGACGGCAGCCUCCCAUUUUCCACUCUCGUUGGCAUGGAGCUGCCGGUGUGUGGCUUUCCACCCUGUCCCCAGGCUCUGAGGACCAUCUGCUGUCGGUCUCCAACCCAAGGUUGCACUCGGGAAUGGGCAGGCAGGGAAGCCCAGGUCAUUUAAAGGCUUUUUUUUGUCUCGAUCCUGCCCAGAGGUUACUCUUUAGUCUUCCCAUAGGGGUUCGUUCUCAAGUGAUGCACGUUCGAGCCGCACACCUUAGUUAAGAAAACGCUGGAGAAAGCCAAGCGGUCUCGUCUCCUCUGUGUCCCCACUGGCAUCUGCGACGCUUGGCAAGGGCUUGGGGACAAGCAGCACCCUCACCACCUUUGUCACCAGCCCCCUGACUGGGAAGACGCCCAGAUGGGUUCUGCGGGUGCUGGAGGUGUUCGGGAAGCCUGGUAUCACCACCACCGUGCCGGCUGGUUUUGGACCCCUCACCAAACUCCGAUCCUUAUGCCCAGCCUGGACCCAAGUCACAACACUAAUUUGUCCGCCCAGUCCCCGUACGGAGCCCGACGCGGCGGGUGACGGCCAUCCUCUGCCUUGGGAUCCUCUGACAGAUUUUAUUUUUCCAAACUGGGCUAACACGUAACCUCUGCUCGACGGCGUCUCUAAUUUCGUACUCCAGAUCUCACAUCCUUUUCUAUCUGAUCAAAAGAAAAAUAAAUAGAAGAGAAAAAAAAAAAGGACUUUGGGAAAGUAAACAAAGAUAAAAGAGGAAUGAGAAUUGUCUUGGCAUUAAGCUUACUUGAUAAGAAUUGUAGUAGACAAGUCUUCCUUGAAUUUAUUUUCCCUGUAAGAGCUGCCUUUUAUUAUGUCUUUAUAAAAACGUAAGGAGAGGUAGAUUUCAGAAAUGCCUUUUUAAUGCUUUUUAAAGGUUUCUAACUCUCCCUGGUGCUAUUUUUUUUAGGUUAAGGAUUUUUGAUGUUGAAAGUCUUGCGGGUUUUUAUACAAUCUUUUUAAAAUAAAAAAGCUGUAUUGUUUUGUUGAACCCGUUUCAUAUGCUUUUUGUAUUGUGAGUGCGAAAACUCAAAACUGCCUUGUCCACGCAGUUUUACUGAUUUUCGUGUGGGAA